GCGGGGCUUCCGGGCGGGGAAGGCCGGCUUCCGGUGGGAGCGGCGCCGCGGAUGGCCGCGCAAAGGGUCGCGGUCUGCGCUUCGCUAGCUGUUGCCCGUCUCCUGCUCCUCGGCCGCUGCCGCGUGUCGCCCGUGCCCCGCUCUGCGUUGUCGGGCGCCGCCAUGGAGCCUGCGCCGCGCUGGCUGGCGGGACUGCGCUUUGACAACCGCGCUCUGCGCGAGCUGCCAGUGGAGACGCCGCCUGCCGGUCCCGAGGGCGCCUCGACCACGCCGCGGCUAGUGCCCGGGGCCUGCUUCACCCGCGUGCGGCCCACCCCACUGCGGCAGCCCCGUCUCGUGGCGCUGUCGGAGCCCGCGCUGGCGCUGCUGGGCCUGGGGGCGCCGCCCGCGCCCGAGGCCGAGGCCGAGGCCGAGGCCGCGUUGUUCUUCAGCGGCAACGCGCUCCUGCCUGGUGCCGAGCCCGCCGCGCACUGCUACUGCGGCCACCAGUUCGGCCACUUCGCCGGGCAGCUGGGGGACGGCGCCGCCAUGUACCUAGGCGAGGUGUGCACGGCGGCCGGCGAGCGCUGGGAGCUGCAGCUCAAGGGCGCCGGGCCCACGCCCUUCUCCAGACAGGCCGACGGUCGCAAGGUCCUGCGGUCAAGCAUUCGGGAGUUCCUGUGCAGCGAAGCCAUGUUCCACCUGGGGAUCCCCACCACACGGGCUGGUGCGUGCGUCACAUCUGAGUCCACGGUGGCGCGUGAUGUGUUCUAUGAUGGUAAUCCCAAAUAUGAAAAAUGCACAGUUGUGUUGCGUAUAGCUUCCACUUUCAUAAGGUUUGGAUCCUUUGAGAUUUUUAAGUCCGCAGAUGAGCACUCAGGGCGCGCAGGCCCCAGCGUGGGGAGGAGCGACAUUCGCGUGCAGCUGCUCAACUACGUCAUCAGCUCCUUCUACCCUGAGAUCCAGGCUGCUCACGCCAGCGACAGUGUGCAGAGAAAUGCCGCCUUCUUCCGGGAGGUGACGCGGCGCACGGCGCGGAUGGUGGCCGAGUGGCAGUGCGUAGGCUUCUGCCACGGCGUGCUUAACACCGACAACAUGAGCAUCCUGGGGCUGACCAUCGACUAUGGGCCCUUCGGCUUCCUGGACAGGUACGACCCCGACCACGUGUGCAACGCCUCAGACAACACUGGCCGCUACGCAUACAGCAAGCAGCCCGAGGUGUGCAAGUGGAACCUGCAGAAGCUGGCUGAGGCGCUGCAGCCGGAGCUGCCCCUGGAGCUGGGCGAGGCCAUCCUGGCCGAGGAGUUUGACACCGAGUUCCAAAGGCACUACCUGCAGAAGAUGCGAAGGAAACUGGGCCUCGUGCAGGUGGAGCUGGAGGAAGACGGGGCGCUGGUGUCCAAGCUCCUGCAGACCAUGCACCUGACCGGUGCUGACUUCACAAACACCUUCUACUUGCUGAGUUCCUUCCUGGUGGAUCCGGAGUCACCGGGCCUGGCGGAGUUCCUGGCCAGGCUGAUGGAGCAGUGUGCUUCCCUGGAGGAGCUGAGGCUAGCCUUCCGGCCCCAGAUGGAUCCCCGGCAGCUGUCCAUGAUGUUGAUGCUGGCACAGUCAAACCCGCAGCUGUUUGCGCUCAUGGGCACCCGGGCAGGCAUCGCCAGGGAGCUGGAGCGUGUGGAGCAGCAGUCUCAGCUGGAACAGCUAAGCGCGGCCGAGCUGCAGAGCAGGAACCAGGACCACUGGGCCACCUGGCUUCAGGCGUACAGAGCCCGGCUGGACAAGGACCUGGAGGGUGCUGGAGAUGCUGCUGCCUGGCAGGCCGAGCGUGUGCGUGUGAUGCGCGCCAGCAACCCCAAGUAUGUGCUGAGGAACUACAUCGCACAGAACGCCAUCGAGGCUGCCGAGCGUGGGGACUUCUCAGAGGUUCGGCGGGUACUGAAGCUACUGGAGACCCCUUACCACUGCGAGGCAGGGGCCGCCACAGAGCCCGAGGCCACAGAGGCCAGAGGGGCAACUGGUGGGCAGCGUUCCUACAGCAGCAAGCCCCCACUCUGGGCAGCAGAACUGUGUGUGACGUGAUCAUCGUAAUGGCCUCGGCAUGCUCCACAUCCCUGGAGUCCCCCGAGGCCCCAGUGUGUUGCUGAGUGGCCAAGACAGUGCCAGGCUACGCCCUCUGUGCUGGCCCACACACACUUGUCUUUCCAUGAAGGCAGAGACAUCCAGUCAGGACCUGACCUGUCUCUGUCUGACGCUGGCUCAGCAGGGCAGCUCUACCACCCACCUGGCCCCUGGGCACUGGACCCAGGCUCGUAAGUAAACCAGCAUCUCCCUC